GUGCUUCUUCCUGUGAAGCUCAUCACAUCGAACGAGAAAAGGACCAAUAGUAAGAGUAAAAGUACACGCAAGGCGACGUUUUGAUCUUGUGCUCAACCGUGCUUCCAUUUGGUAUCCAAAUUUGAAGCGUAUUACCUAUUCUAUCCGUGAUGAACAGCAGCCGUGACGAUGGCGCAUUCCCAAGAAUCAUUGACCGCAAUGCAAGCAGCGAUGAGCGUCGCUGACAUUAUUCGCAAGUAUGUCCUUCAGUCCGAACAGGAAGGAUUGAUUAUCAACGAAAAUCUGGCAAAGCAAUCGAGAGAGAACACUAGCGACUCUUGGAUCAGCGUUCCAGAUUUCAUCACUCGAACGCCUGGUUUAUUGGAAGGAAUUACCGCUGGUUUAGUUUCACUUGGAGUCUUGACACCGGUGCGUCGAGUCUUUUUGGGCGCCGUCGGUCGAUCGUUCGGGGAUCUGCCCGAAAUUUUUAUUACCGUUUCACAAGUGAUUUUGAGUGCUGAUGUGGGUUUCUUGACCUGCAGCGUCUUAGGGUCACGGCAUUACCUACACAGCUUGGCCAGCGUGUCCAGUUCCGCCCCCAGUCCGACCGCCGAUCAAAUAUGCAAUCACAAGCUUGUUCAGGAACUCUCGGCGCGUCCCAAUUUCAUAGAUCCAAGCAGAACAAUGGAUCCAUCAUCCAAACCGAGCUCUGUAGCACAGUGGGAUCCGCGUCUAGUUUUGGCCAUCGAUUUGCAGGAAGCAUUGCGAACCUGUCGCGACCGGCAGACUCAUCAAAGUUCGUUGCUGCUGUCUCCUUCAAUCCGGAAUUUUCCGUAACCUUAAGUUUGUGCAAGCCCAAAGGAGUCCCUGUUGGAGAUCACCUCAACCGACUGCACAUUAAAUAGAUGGGUUGAUAUUAAAGCCGGGUUGAGUUGU